CUCCUAGUUCACAUCCGUUUGCGCCUGCCGCCCCCCCUGGUUCAGGACUAAACUACCAAAGCAGCGACUCUUUUGUUAUUUUGCUAUUAAAAGAUAGAUUUGUUUGUGCUGUAAAGUCGACACCAUCGAUUAUCAUGCUUAAAACGUUGGCCUGUGGAGUCGUGACAUUUGCUGGAUUGUACGUCGGCUUCAGAAAAGUAUUCAAGUGGACAUUCACGCGCUGGAGUGACGCGGAUGUAUUGAUAGUCAGCGAAAGGCUCCUGGAUGCUAUCCACGCUUCAUUAGCUACUGCAACAGGAGUCAUCACCGCAAUGUCAUGCAAGCGCAUCAUGACAGACAGUCACUGGGUGCUCAGCGAGUUUCUGGUGUUUGGAUAUCCCUAUUCGGCCAUCGACCUGUACGCCACCUACAUGAGCCACUACCAUACUCAGAGGCUCAGAGGGAACAGCAUGUACAACAAGCACUCUCUGAUGACACUGAAGGCUUUCCUCUCCCACUAUUGGUUGACGGUGCUUCAUCACCUGGGAGUGCUCGGUAUUCUCCUACCCAUUGGCAUGUUCUACAGGAGGGGACUGGGUGAUUUUUUCGUCGGAUGUUUAUUCAUCACCGAACUCAGCGUCGCUUUUGUUGCCAUUUCAAAGAUCAUCGUCCAGGUGGGCCUGGAGAACACCAGGCUGCACAAAAUCAACAGCAUCUUAGUUCUGAUCACGUUCAUCAUGUGCCGGAUCUUGAUCUUCCCCUACAUGUACUGGAAGUACGGACGGGAUUUUGGCAUUCCGCUGCACAAAGUGCCGGCCCACCUGCCCUGGCACUGUAAUGCAGGCAACCUGGCUAUCCUUGUGCCUCAGGUCUACUGGUUCUACCUCCAGCUGAAGAAAGCCCAGCGAGUGUUCCGACAUAAGAAAGACUAACACCAACCAUGCUCCCCAAAAUUGAACUAUUGUGGGAAUUUCAGAGUGAAAUUUCAGCAUGAAUCUAAAAUGCACCGGACAGUGGGACAAUCAAGUCGACAUUUGUUCAGGUUAAGGCUAUACAUAGGUUCAUCUUAAAAUGUCAAACAAAAGUGUAAUAGUCCUAACUUUUUGUGAGUGGUGUAACUUCACUGGAAACUCACACUACAA